GUGGUGAUCCAAGUAAAAUGCGUGUUGACCACAAGCAUCGAGGACGGGAUCGCAUCAGAUCGCGGUGGCCGGACGGUAUGACCUUGAUUCCCAUGCGUGACGCGAGUUCGGCUGCUGCGCCGGCGUUCACGGAAAGGCGGUCGAUAUACGAGCCGCCAGCGUGUCCACGCAGGUAACGCCUAUGGCCAGCGGUUUUCCGCGCGCCCACGAAGGGAAACCGGCUGACUUCAAUCCUCGGGCAAAUUCCGCGCUGAUUCCGUCAUGUCGUGGUAGUCUUCCGGCAGACCGCUUACAGCGAAGUCCAUGCCGGCCUAACUCGUCGAAAGUUACAUCGUUUAACCGCCGGCGUUCGAAAGUACGGGUACAUUCGGACCAUUGACGAAGAAAUUCUUCAAAGAGCUGUCGAGAAAGAUUAUCGACAGUAGAGCUGUACAGGCAACCCCCGCUGAGGAGAGUUUUUACGCCGAAGAAUUGGUAUUCGGCGAGGAAAUGCAGUUUCUGUUCUCGUUAUUGGAUAAUUCUGCUGAAAGUGUGAAUGGCAUCUGCUUGUACAAGUUGGAAACAAAUUUACUCAAAGCUACGUACUUUUGAGACGGCCCUGCUGCCUCCAUAUUGGCUGAGAAACCAAAGAAAAAGGAAACAUGAAUGGAUUACAGCAUCGCGCGCGUAGUCCAACUACGCGAUUCAAGCGUAGACUUAUUUCAUCCGCCGCAUCAAAUGACGCACCGGAACCCGAAGAGGCAGUUGGCCCUGUGAUGACAUCAUCGGUGCGAUCAUUUUAUGAGCCGAAGGCGUUUCCAUCCCCGCCGUUCCCAGCAGUCAGGACCAGUUUUUACGGCCGGAUUGCCUUGAUGAACACUGAGGGCUUCGUUCACAUUCGUACGGACUUCCUGCAGAAGCAAUUCGCGUCUCACGUCAACAAGUGGCAGUCUGCAUUCUCCAGCUAUCCGACCUUGAGCUUUAGUCAGCGCAUUGUGUCUUUUGGCGCCCCCUGUUUGGUCAACUAUCCAGCGGACGGAAAGUGGUACCGUGCCACAUAUUUGGGUGUGUGCGGACGUGAGAAACUGGUUUUCUAUGAAGAUUUCGGGUCUGUUGAAGCGUUGUCAAAUGAGAACAGUAUCAAAGUGGUCGAUCCGGACCUCACAACGGGUUAUGAAAUUCCGACUACAGUGUAUUCCUGUUUGCUGGUCAAUCCGAAGAACGAGGCGGAAUACUUGGUUUUGGCGGACAAUCAUCUGGAGUACCUGAGGUCUGUUUUCAACGGUGGCCCCGUGGACGGCGAAGUUGUGGCCUACCGUCAUAUGGAGGUGGCUCCGGGUCUUUGGCGGCCCUGUCUGGCGGUGCUUCUGUUUUCAGAAGACAACCCGGAAGAAGAUGUAGCCACUAGUCUUCUUCAAUUGGAUUCCGAAAUUGAAAUGCGACAGUUCUACCAGGAGAAAGUGACUUUGUACUCCAGUAUCGGGAUGCGAUCGUGCACCGCCUUGCAGUUCCCCGAAGCGCAUCUCUUACCCGCUGGUCAGCGAUGUACCUUGCAGCUGCAGUAUGUUUACUCUAACCGCGUCAUCGUUUCCUAUCCGGCGGGUAUCGACGUUGAAUCCUGGGAAUCUCGUUGGAGGAAGAUGUUUUAUGGCGAUGCGGAUAUUGUGGAAUCGUUGGAAAAGAAUUGGACACGGGAAAUUGCCACGCCGACACCGGCGACACUCAUUAUGGAAAAGAAUUCGUAUAUUGUGGUUCACGAGGGUAAAUGCAGGCGAGCCGAAGUUUGCUGUAUCCUUGCGUUGGAUGUUGACUAUCUAUCUCCCACGCGCGUAGAAAUCGUGUUGAUCGAUUCGGGUGUUCGUAUGGAAAUCGGGGUGGAGGAUUUAAUGCAGUUGCCCAGCGUAAUUCCAGUGCAGAUUGCCAGACGAGCGUUUGAAGCGGAAUAUACGUUGGACGAGGAAGACGAAAUCUCCAAGGAGAGAGAAUCAGGAAAGAAAUGCAUCCCGGUUUGUGGACUUCCUCGUGCUCUUGCGGUUUCGAAAAAGUAUAUGGUUGGCAGUGUUGCGCUGAAAACAGCUCCCUUGAAGAACAAUACGGUGGCCAUUACUGACGAAUACGAUCUGGUUGACCAGAUGGGGACGAUUAUUGAAGCGGAAUGCGUUGGAUACGGACACUCUGGACGUCCAGUUUUGCGAUUUUUUAAGGAACGAUAAGUCUGCUCAUGUAGUUGUUUUGAUAAGAGCAAUGGCGACGGAAACAUUUUUCUUGACUGAAUAACUACUGGAUCGACCAUUUUUUGCGUUUAAGGUUUUCAUUUGUUAACUAGCGUCUAGUAACUAACUUACUGACGGAGUGUACAGCGUUACGAGUUUUAGUAUACUAACCUUUAUAUUACUGAAUUCUGUUCCUGGUUUUCGAGUUGCUGUUUUGUUUUGCGAUGCUGAAUGGAUAUUAACUUACCUCGAUAACCUGUAGCUAGUUAUGGUGCUAUUAAAGUUUUGUUCGCGUUCAUUCACUCUUUUUGUUGAUUAUUUCUAUCGCAUUUAUGCAUGGGCAGCUUUUAUAAUUAUCGUAUACUUAUCUGUCUACAUAUAUCUUGUAU